AUGUCUGUCUCAAACGAUGAAUUGAUGAAGAAAUUGGAAGAGUUUAUGAUCCAACAAACACAAAACACCAAUGAAUUAAAGACCAGCACCAAUGAUCUGAAGGCGGCUGUUGAAACCCUGCAGUCCAAGCAAGCUGCGAUAGAAGAUGGAUUACAAGCACAAAGUCAGAACAAGACAUACAAACAAGGGGAGGAUCAAGACAGUGAAGAGAUGUGUUUCGAGGGGGAGAAAUUCGAGGAUCCACCAGAACACGGUCGAGGAAGGGGCCGAGGGUGGACUUUUGGCACUGAUCCAAACAGCAAGUGGACUUACUGUACAGGAUCGAUCGGAAGGGGCAGAGGGCAGGUCGAAGAAGGAAUGGGACGAGGAUUAGGAAAGAAUUUUGAGUCCUGGCGCACCGGAGGACAACAACCCUUCAAAACCAAUUGGCAGUCGGCUAAACCUGAGGGAUCCAAGCGUCGGGGACUAGAGUCACCAAAAGAAGGGAACGAUAGUGGGGAUACAGGAUACCGCGGGGGGAGGAUUCCAAGGUUCGCCAAGAUGGAGUUUCCGACCUACGAUGGAAAGGGUAAUCCAAUCGAAUGGCUGCAAAGGUGUGAAGAUUUUUUUGAAGAGCAACAGACUCCUACGGAGGCUUGGGUGAGACAGGCCACCUUUUCACUACAAGGAAAAGCUAGCGGGUGGUACCACAACCUGAGACGGAUGAAGACACGCUUGAACUGGUUUGAGUUUUCAGAAGAAUGCAAAAUUAGAUUCGGUCUACCAAUGAGUAUGAACCCGUUGGGUGAAAUUACCCGUUUAAGGUAG